UGCUUGUGAUACUGUUGUUCUGGCCACAGAGAGCUGUUCUCAUCCUUUAAAUUCUGAUCUUUAAGGACAGUUGGCUUAAACCAUAUGGCUACAGUCACCUUCUCUGCUACAUCUGUCUAUCUGGCUUUCUGUGACAUCACUUUGUAAAUCUUUUUGUAUCACCACCUUACUUGUAUAAUCCCUUCACAUGCUCUGGGACUUCCAUGUGUCUGUCACUUUAGGAUGUGUUAACUUCCUCCAGUGGGAUUUCUGCCUAUUUUUAGGGCAGUUGUGAUCAAGACCGUGUUUCGAAGAUGGAGCACAGUGCUGUGGACAGACUAUAGAUAGCACUUGCCCAUUUUAGUGGCAAGGAAGAUGUAAAUUGAGCAGCAUUUUCAAUUCUGCACAAUAAGAAUUCCCUUCGGAGUCAGUCCGUGGUUCUUGUGUCCUGCCUACAACUUUUAAGCCGGCUCGUCUGAGCAGCACGCGAGGCAUGGGGCAUGUCACUGCAUGGGGGAGUGCUCUGUGGCUUGGUUUCAGGAGCUGGAGAAAGGAGUCCAUGCAGGCUGCUCUCCGCUCCACGUAGGCAGGUCCCUGCUGCUGAGGCACCAGCUCAUUCCUGCCCCUCUCCUACACACCAAAACACACCCAUUUGAGUAGUGUAAAUCACUUGCAAAGGGAAAUGACUCACCUUUGCUUCUUGGAUGCAAGAGUUAACUCAUUUGUGUAGCUUUUUUAAGGCAUGGGAGUCUAACCUGUGAGGUGCCUGCCAAGGCUGCUUCCUCAGCUGCAUUUCAGGUUCCUUGGUUCAUCUGUAGCGCGGCUAAUUUCCAUCCCUGCAGCUCCUUAAGUGAAAGGUGAGAUGAUAAAGGACGAAGCUUGUAGUUGGUGCUUACCACAGACACACCUUUCGUUUACAGUAGAAGCUUUGCAGUUGUUUAAAGCUUCGUGGAUUGAUUUUGAAGCCUCGGUGAAGGGCGUCCUCUGUCCUCACCUCCAGUUUAGUCUGCUUUCUGUAGCUGAGAAAAAGUGCUGUGUUAACCAGUCAACACACGAAUCUUAGAAAUCAUUCUAGAUGGGGUCUUGGGCCUCAAACUGAUCUCUGCUACCAGGGGUAAAAUGUGAGGUUUUCUUCUGUGUUGGCAUUCCUGAAACCCAGAACUGCAGCGGCUGGGCAGCUCUUUGAGAAAAGCCUAGUGACAGCCCCUUGCCUGGGUCUUUAAAGAUUAAGUGAGAGGAACAUCUUGUUCUAGAGCAAGUGUAGGUAGCAGAAGCACUUUCAGACUCGUAUUUGGCAUGCAGUGUGCUGAAAAGGAGCGGGUUUGACAUACAGAUCGUGUGUUAAGUACCCACUUAAUAAAAAAAUCAUAUGCAAAUGCCUUCAGUUGGGAAAAAGGAAGUUUGUCAUUAGCGUUGUGGGUAUUUAGCAACCUUGUACUGAAGAUACAAUGAGGCAACAUCUGGGCUGUUAAACACGGAGUGGUAGGAGAUGCUUGGGCACAUAUAAACCUCUUAAACUGUGCUUUGGUCAUAGAGCCCUGGCUGCCACCCAAAGGGGGACACCUCGUCCCUUCCCCAUAUUCUCCCUCCCACAUCUCUGCAGGCUUCAUGUCUUUGUUUUCUCUUUUGUACUGGCACUUGCACUCAUCUGAUCUGUCAGCAAACCUAUUCAGGGACACAGACAGAAAAGUCUUUUUGUUUUGUAGGGUUAGUUUACAGCUGGUUUAACUCCCUGCAGCUUCAUUCCGCACAGCUCCAGCACUGGAAUAAGGGGAGCUAAAACCUGUCCCUCCCAGUUGCUGCUGUAAGCUCAGCUUAGCUGGACUGCUGAACAACACUUGGGUCUUAUGACCCGUUUGAUAGACCCAGAAACAAAUGCUGGGCACUUCUGUGUCACUGUACCUGAGCAAUAUAAGCCUUGCUGAAAAGUAAGAAAGCUUUUAAUGGUGCAGGCCUGGUAAUGUGAACUCACUGUGUUGAUUCAGGGCCUGAAUUAGCAUCUCUGGGCAGUGUUGAAUUGUGCUGUAUAAACACACAAGUUUGAGUUGGUGCCAGCGCAGUGAUUUCUGUGCCACGCUGCAUUUCACUCAUUAGAUGUGCACUUAGUAUAUGCAAACCCCCUCUAUUAAUGGGGAUGUCGAAAGCCCUGCUCGGAGGAAGAGCUCAGGCGUUCCCAAAAAAGGAGACACCCUUCCUUGUUAUGUGUACACUGAAGUGUUUCCUGAAUGGAGCUGGUUUGGAAGGAAAUUGAACUUUCUUCUGCAGACUGUAAGUCAUGAGAGGGGAGGUGGGCUGAGGCUUCGGUCUCAUGCUGGCAAGAAGGGGUCCUGUCUAGGUCUUUUUGUAAAAGCAAGAGGUGUAGGAGGGGGGGUGAAAACACUUGGUUUCACUCUGGCAGUGACAGCGUUGUUACUGCAGGUGAAGGACUUUCUGGAACAGAACAGAAUGAAGUGAGAAAUACUUCCUGUAUUUUUCAAAGUGCCUAGCGUGCUGGAUUUGAUCAUCUUCCGACCAAGCUGUUUUCAGCCAGGCUUCUAUUAUCCAGUUUUUGGGAAACCUGUGGGGUUGUUACCGAAUAGAACAGGCUGCUAAGCACCUAGGUGGUGUUCGUACAGCUCAGCGCAAUUAUCCGCCUCUGUGGUGGCUUCAUCAUCUCAUCUGCAAGUUGUGGAGUCAGCUCCUGGGUGAGCUCCACCUGCUGUACCAGCACGAACCACAGACAAGUGUGCUUUUUAGAUGAAAAGCAUCCUUGGGAUGAAAAAGUCAUUGCAGAUAAGUUUGUGUUUCAGGGGCUGCCCCCGUGUUUUCAGCACUGCAGCUCAGCAGAGAAGUACAGGAGACGAGUGUGGCCCAGAAGAUCCCCAUGAUGAGCCCAAGCACCCCCUUUCUGACUGUGCCAUAAAGCACAAAGCCAUCAAAUUGGAAGAACAAGUCCGGGAUUUAACUGAGCGAUACCGGAAGGCUUUGGCAGAUUCUGAGAACGUCCGGAGGAGAACACAGAAGUUUGUGGAAGAUGCCAAGCUCUUUGGGAUCCAGAGUUUCUGCAGAGACCUUGUGGAGGUAGCAGAUAUCUUGGAGAAGACCACCGAGAGCGCCGCAGAAGAAGCAGAGCCUAGUAAUCCAAACCCAACCCUGAAGAAAAUCUAUGAAGGUCUCUCUCUCAUAGAGGCCAAAUUGCAAAGUGUAUUUGCCAAACAUGGCCUUCAGAAGAUGAACCCUGUUGGUGGCAGAUACGAUCCGUACGACCAUGAAAUAGUGUGCCAUGUGCCAGCGGAGGGAAUGCAGCCGGGCACGAUAGCGCUGGUGACUCAGGAUGGGUAUAAACUCCAUGGUCGCACCAUCAGACACGCACUCGUUGGCGUGGCAGUAGAGUCGCAGGAAUGACGUGGGCUUGCCCACCAGCAUCUGGGACCUUGCUGGGCUGAGGAUCCCUCAGUGCUCAGUCACAACUGCAGCUGCAUGUCUUUACUUAUUUAUUAAGCUAGGUUUGUAUUGUAUGUUGGCUUCUUUAUAAUGUGUGCAGUCAUUUUGGCAUUCAUUCUAAGGUACUUGUAUAUUUAAUAAUCCUUUUUGGAGGAUGUGGAGUAAGUAGUAUUAGGAGUCCUGCUAUUCGUCAGAAACAUGGCACUGUAGCCUCUUUCUCCAUUGCUUAUUUCUCCAUUAAGACUUGUAUGGGGAAGAGGGGAGAUACAGGAGAGAAAGGGAAUUCUCUGAGAGCGAAGGAAUCUUGUCUCCCAGCUCCAUCUCUGAGACAGACUCCUGCAGUGGCCUUCAGGAAAGUCACUUCUCUGCCUCAGUUUUCCUAUCUGUAUUAAGGGAAUAUAAUAAUACUUACUGACCUACCUCACAGGGAUGUGGUGGGGCUCUUUCUUUGCAAAGCACUCAGAAGAGAAAAAGCCCAAAGGGCUGAGUAUUAUUAUCAGGCUGGUUUUGGUGUCUUCCCUUGUCCCCAGACCCCUCGGGUGGGGAUGAGGAUGAUCCCUUCAAAUGACAUUUAGGGGCAACUUUUUCUUAUGUCACUUCAGGAAAAGAAUCCUGAAUUAAUGAAAUCUCUGUUGUACUACAGUUGAAUAGGGAUGAGGUUUUGAAGAGAAUUCAGUUGUUAGGUCAGACCAACAUGUUAAUAUUUGUUCUCCAGGUAAAAUUUCAGCUUACCUCCUUGUUCCUAAAGGUGAAACAGGGAAUAGUGGUUCUUAGUGAAGCCAGGAAACUGUUCUCAAAUCUCUUUCUCCAACCAAAACCUGUAUUUUAGAGGAGAGUAAUUUCUCUUCCCUGAUAGGUAUUUGUGCAGCGUUCAAGCAUGAUAAACUAUAUGCUCUUUGUUGCAGCUGCUGGCAAAAUGGAGAUGUGCCCUUAAGCAGGAAAUCUGGACUGUUUUAUUUUCUCAGCUCUCCAAUAAUGGUACUCGGAUAACACUAACUUCCAGUUCACAUUCAGACUCUACUUUUGCGUGGUCGCAGUAAAUAUUAAACCUUUGGGGUUUUGAUGCAAGGAGAAAAAUCUUUUCUACUAAAAGUCUCAAGUGCCCUUGAACCAAUUUUAGCAGCAGUGACAAGAAAGCAAGAGAAGCAGAAGGCUGAGGAAGUGAAAGCUGACCUCAAGCCAUCCUCUUAGUUGGAGGCAUGUUGUUGUCACAGCAUGGCAUAUGUAUUUCCCAGUGGUCCUUUUGCCUGGGAGUCCAUUUGUCUCAGCUGAACGGCUGCAGUCACUGAGUAAGAUCAGAAUUUAACCCUUUACAGAGCAGCAAGCAGUAUAAUGACAGAAGAGUUUUAUAAAACCAGCUUGUGAUCUGCACAACGCAAAGCUAAGGCAGGAAUGGUUGUUCUCAGGUUGGUCCUUACUGAUUCAUUAAUUCCUGCCAUUUUAUUUGCUGGAAUUGGAUCCAUGGCCUGACAGUUAUUUGAUAUCCACUUCCAAAAGCUCUUCACUUAUGGUGGAUCCCAUCACUGGUUUGGAAGAAAGCUUAUUCUUCUCCCAUUCCUUUGCAGGCUUCAGUUGCAUAAUCCUUUUGUGGUGGGCUUCAAGAUUACCACAGCCUUCACUAAGCAGCUAUCGACAGUCUUUCUUGUGGGGAGAUUGUGUGCAGCUGGAUGGCUGUCAUUCCAGAAAUACAAGGAAGAUGCAUGUUUUUAAUAUGCUCCAUGCACGCUACUUUAGUGACAGCUCUAUGCGGGUGACUUGGUAGUAGGUACAUUUGAAGUGCAGUUUUCUGCUGCUGAGUAGUUAGGUUUUCAGGCAGGUACUUGUGAUUUCAACCCUGAAACAGUGCUUCAUGGCAGCAUCAGAUCAUUUUGGACUAACCUCUUGUUCAGUGCUCCUGUUGUAUCAUGUUGUUGGAAAUCUCAGAGGUAUGCAGGACUUGCUGUUCAUUGUUCUGCUGAUCUGCAUGCUGACUGGGCCACCAGCUUAUGCUGUUACCCAAGACAAAGAGCAGGUAAAAUAUGAGACGUGGCAAUGCAAGACUUGCUGUUCUGCCUCGAGACUGUCUGCAGCCUGUUUGAGGAAACUGUCUUCAGCUGGAAGGAGCAGUCAGGUUCUCUGCUGCUUCUUCAGCUUCCGCGGUAUCAGCUGAGUCUUUUUGCAAUACGAGGGGAGAUCUGGUUAUGGAAACUUAACUUUGAAUGUGAAACUUUAUUUCCAAGGGACUAAACAAAAGCAAAGGCAUUUUAUACAACAGGUAGUUUUCUGUCAUAGCAAGGCUGCAGCUUACCUGAGCCAGAUUUAAAAGUAGUGUGUGACCAGAAGUGAUGGGAUCCAAAUUCUCUUGAAACUGACCCUCGGAGCCACUUGACUGUGAAAGUAUUCCAUGGUUACUUGGUCCACCUUCGGAGUAUUUGGCAACCUUCCUGCCUUCUCAGCUCGUAUUCACCCGUUUUUGCCUUAAAGAAAUACCCUUAAAUGCACUCCAGACCUUCUGUCUGUACUAAGAGGUUAUUGAUUCAGCUUGUGUAUGUGGGAUCUGCUUUCACUGAGGCACUGCUGUGUGGCUAGAACAGGAAUCUGAGGGAUCCAGUUCCUGUGCAGUCUUUGUCACCUUCCUGCGGGCCCUGUGUAAUUUUGGGCUAGUUAUUUCCCCUUAUUUCUUUCUUUUUCAAUCUAUGAAACUUCUGCAGGAUCUUACCAGGCCUUUAUGCUGAUUACUGUAAGAUGUACCCAUUGUUUAGAGACUUUUGCAGAUGUUACCAAAGAGAUAAAUACUGUAGCUGUUGUUUGUCCUUGUUUCUACUUCCUUUGGCGAAGUGAAAAUGAAAUAACCAAACCUGGAUUCUAUUGCAGGAUCCAGAUUUCCGAGGCAAAAUUUGACUCUCUUGCCUUUCAAGCACACUUACUGAUCUCUUUUCUCGUGGAUGAGAUUGCGUACGGGUGGAUUGAGUUUCUCCACUGUAGGUGCUUGCUCUGUAGGUCUGCCCUGUUUGUGUAAAGCUUGCACACUCAGCACAGUGGGGCAGGGUCCCCGCUGCUGCGGUUCCAUUGCACUCUGCAGAGUUACACCAGAGAGGAGACUAACCCAUGAGCUUUUUCUCUCCAGUCACUUUAUCCAAUAACUAGUAACACAGAGGAGUAUGUUAGCAGGGACGGGAUAGAGGAGAGGAAGAGGACAUGCCUCUUAGUCACUUCCACUCUGUUUGCCCAGCCACGAGCUGGAGAGCUGGAGCUGGGAAUGCAGACAGCUAGGUGAGACGUGAUAGUGGUGCAUGGACCUGCAUUUCUGCUCUCGGGAGGUGGCAGCCCCACCAACUGCAGGCAUUUGCCUUGUUCUGUGACCUUGCUGCACCCAUCGGUGGGAUGUAUUUGAGUUGAGCUCCUGGGCAGGUCUCUAGAGGUGCGGCAGCAUCUUAGCUCUGACCAGGAGCGGUGCAGAAUGUGAAUGUCGCUUUGUGAACCUUAAAUUCCCAGUGCUUCAUCAGCAGAGCUGCUGUUGAGAGACAGCUGUGAUAGAUCAAUAGCUAUUAGCAGUCCUUUAAUUUUAAAAAAACCCCUGUAUUUAAGUUUUAUAUUGUGAAUAUAUUGUAGUAUUUUUUUAUUUUCAAACUUGAAAUGCUCUGAUGUUACUUGCAAAGGCAAAUGAACAAAGCGUUGCUAAUCUCCAAAAACCUAGGUUCACUUAGUUGCUGGGAAGCCUGUAUAUAUUGUAUUGUUUUGUGUUUCUGCGCUCUUUGUUUACCCAAAGGUUCUGGCUGUAUGAAAGACAAAGACUGAAAUGUGGGAGUGGUGCAAGUAAUCGACAACAACAUUUGAGUUAAUGUUGGAAAGGGCUGAUUUCCUUUAGAUGUCCAGAUACUGUCCAUUUGCUAAUAAAAAAGAAUUGCAGUUGCU